AUUGAGAGACUCAGAUCAGUGCUUCAUUUUUAUUGCUAAAGUGUACGCUACAGACUUCCGGAAACACUUCCGCUUCCGGCGGGCUGGUUGCCUAGAAACCAGCAAACGCCCCAAUCCCGGCCGUUAUGGCGGGGCUGAGCAGCGCCCAGAUCCCCGACGGGGAGUUCACCGCCGUCGUGUACCGGCUCAUCCGCUACUCCCGCUACGCCGAGGCGGUGCAGCUGCUGGGCGCAGAGCUGCAGCGGAGCCCCAGGAGCCGCGCCGGCCUGUCGCUGCUGGCCUACUGCUACUACCGCCUGCAGGAGUUCGCGCUGGCCGCGGAGUGCUAUGAGCAGCUGAGCCAGCUGCACCCGGAACUCGAGCAGUACCGCCUGUACCAGGCCCAAGCCCUGUACAAGGCCUGCCUUUAUCCAGAGGCCACCCGGGUCGCCUUCCUUCUCCUGGACAACCCUGCCUACCACAGCCAGGUCUUGCGCCUGCAAGCUGCUAUCAAGUACAGUGAGGGUGACCUUCCAGGGGCCAGGAGCCUGGUGGAGCAGCUGCUCAGUGGGGAAGGGGGAGAAGAGAGUGGAAGUGAGAAUGAGCCAGACGGUCAGGUCAACUUGGGUUGUUUGCUGUACAAGGAGGGACACUAUGAAGCUGCCUGCUCUAAGUUCUUUGCAGCCCUGCAGUCUUCAGGCUACCAGCCUGACCUUUCCUACAAUCUGGCACUGGCCUAUUAUAGUAGCAGACGCUAUGCCCCAGCUCUGAAGCAUAUUGCUGACAUUAUUGAGCAUGGGAUCCGUCAGCACCCAGAACUUGGUGUGGGCAUGACCACUGAAGGCAUUGAUAUUCGAAGUGUUGGCAACACUUUAGUCCUCCACCAGACUGCUCUGGUGGAAGCCUUCAACCUCAAGGCAGCCAUAGAAUACCAACUGAGAAACUAUGAGGUAGCCCAAGAAACCCUUACUGACAUGCCACCUAGAGCAGAGGAAGAGUUGGACCCCGUGACCCUGCACAACCAGGCACUCAUGAACAUGGAUGCCAAGCCUACAGAAGGGUUUGAGAAGCUACAGUUUUUGCUCCAACAGAACCCCUUCCCCCCAGAGACUUUUGGCAACCUCUUGCUGCUCUACUGUAAGUAUGAGUAUUUUGACCUGGCAGCAGAUGUCCUGGCAGAAAAUGCCCAUUUGACUUAUAAGUUCCUCACACCCUAUCUCUAUGACUUCUUGGAUGCCAUGAUCACUUGCCAGACGGCUCCUGAAGAAGCUUUCAUUAAACUUGAUGGCCUAGCAGGAAUGCUGACUGAGCAGCUUCGAAGACUCACCAAACAAGUACAGGAAGCAAGACACAGAAGAGAUGAAGAAACUGUCAAAAAGGCAGUGAAUGAAUAUGAUGACACUCUUGAGAAAUAUAUUCCUGUGUUGAUGGCCCAGGCAAAGAUCUACUGGAAUCUUGAAAAUUAUUCAAUGGUAGAAAAGAUUUUCCGCAAAUCUGUGGAAUUCUGUAAUGACCAUGAUGUGUGGAAGUUGAAUGUGGCUCAUGUUCUGUUCAUGCAGGAGAACAAAUACAAAGAAGCCAUUGGUUUCUAUGAACCCAUAGUCAAGAAGCAUUAUGGUAACAUCCUGAAUGUUAGCGCUAUUGUAUUAGCAAACCUCUGUGUUUCCUAUAUUAUGACAAGUCAAAAUGAAGAAGCAGAAGAGUUGAUGAGGAAGAUUGAAAAGGAGGAAGAGCAGCUGUCCUAUGAUGACCCUGACAGGAAAAUCUACCAUCUCUGCAUUGUGAAUUUGGUGAUAGGAACACUUUAUUGUGCCAAAGGAAAUUAUGACUUUGGUAUCUCUCGAGUUAUCAAAAGCUUGGAACCUUACAGUAAAAAGCUGGGAACGGAUACCUGGUACUAUGCCAAAAGAUGUUUCCUGUCCUUAUUAGAAAACAUGUCAAAGCACAUGAUAGUGCUUCGUGACAAUGUUAUUCAAGAAUGUGUGCAGUUUCUAGAACACUGUGAGCUUUAUGGCAGAAACAUACCUGCUGUUAUAGAACAACCCCUGGAAGAAGAAAGAAUGCAUAUUGGAAAGAAUACAGUCACAUAUGAAUCUAGACAGUUAAGAGCUUUGAUUUAUGAGAUUAUAGGAUGGAAUAUAUAGAUAAGGUAUUUUAUCAUAAAGCCUUCUAUAUCUCACAUUUUGUUUUAUCCCUGGGUUUUGGCCUCUUUACAUUUGCUACAUGUUGAACUUUGUACACUUUCAAACAAGAGAUACAGCUUUUGAAAAUCUUCACAAAAUGUAAUUUAAUAAAACCUUUUGAAAUGUAGAAGGAUUUAUGAAAAGAAAGCUGAAGUUUGGGGCAUAUACAUCUAACAAUGUUUAUAAUGCCUGUGUUUUGUGUCUUUCACUCAUUUUGGGGGGGGACUCAUAUCUUCACAGAAUCCUGUAUGACAACACAUCUUCAUCCAGGAACUAAACACUAUUGAGAAUUCAGUAAAUAUAUAGUUCAUCUGGGUCUUAAUUCAUUUCAGGAUCGUGUUGUACUGCACCUUCCAUGAUUAUAUUAAUGCAUACAGCACAGGUUUUCAUAACCUAAGAUAUUGCAGUAGGUUUCUAAUACAGAUGUAAUGCUUUGUCUCACAAAAAUUUUUCAUGUUGGUAAUGGUUUUUCUUAGAAUGUACAAAAUUCAGUGGAAACCCUUGUGCUGUAACAAAAUUACGCUGCUAUGGUAUGUAGAUAAUAAAC